UUAAAUAAAAUGUUGAUGUUGUUGAUUUCUGGUUCAGCACGUUUAGACAGAAUAUCUAGCUCACUAUUGUUAGUUCAGUCGCAGUAACUAAUAUUCUUUUACUAUUACUGCGAGUUAAGUUAUAUACCGACAACUUCAAUUCAAAUCUCCGAAGUAGUGUGGCAACUUAAAAUUUAACAUGAUGACGAAGUUUUGUUCGUUAGCUACACUCCUCCCUUUUAAUUUUACUUUCUUUUUACACCACCUUUGUUUCCGCUUUUAGUUUGUAUCAUUAAAUAACUCCCCAGGUCCUGGUUGCUGUGUGAACUGGUUCGUAGUGAAAUACUAAAUUCGUAGGGUCGUGCACGAAUCAAAACAGCAAACUAGACUAGUUUACACAGUCAGUGUAUCUGUAAAAUUUUAAUUACAUUCAUGUUAAGUUAAGGAUCAUGCCAUAACGCCCAAUGGAAAUAAAACAGACGUUCAUUGAAGACGAACCGGUGACACCCAUUCGUUCACGUGUUAAUCCUGUAGAUAUCUGGCACAACACCCCAAUGAAAAAGAACAGUGCCAGUACAUCUUCCAAAAACCCAUCUGCAUGGACACAGUUUACACCAGGGAAUGAGCAGGCGUUAGUAAACGGUAUAACAGAAUCAACAGUGCAGAGGCAGCGCCGUGAGCUGCAAUUGCUUCUCACUGAGCUGAAGGACCGUGACAAGGAGCUAAAUGACAUGGUGGAUGCCCACAAGAAGCAGAUUUUGGCCUGGGAGGAGGAUCGGCAGAAGAUCCUGACCCUGGAGCUGAAGUGCUCAUGGCAAGAAAGUGAGUUACAGAAGAGCAACACAAUCAUCCAAGCUCUCUCUAAGCGGGUGCACAUCAUGGAGGUGCAGAAGGAGGACAGCCAACUGGCGUUUGGAACUAGUCAGCAGGAAUUGCAUCAUCUUGGCCAGCGGCAGCAGCAAUUUGAAAGCCAGUGCCAGGAGCUGCAGGAGAGGAACCAGACCCUGAACUCAAAUCUGAUGAAGCUCUCAUCACAGCUGGGUCAAAUUCAGGCUCGAGAGGAGGAGCUGAAGGCCAUUCUUAAAUUGAAGGACACUGACUUGACAGAGGCCACCAACUGCAUCCUGGAGCUCACCAGUCGUUUUCAUAAGCUGGAGGCCUUGCUGGAGGAGUGUCGCUCCCGGGAGGGGAAAGCACUGAAGGAAAUUCAAGAGCAUAAACUCUCUUACAGGGAAACCAUGAAUGAAAACCUCCAUCUUAAAGAGGAAUUGAAGGAAAAAAUGAUGGAGAAUAACACGCAAAAAGAGGAGCUGCUUCAUCUCAGACAGGAGAAUAACAUUCUGCGCAGUGAGCUGUCUCUGCUGGGUGAGGAGAUUCAUAGGAAGGAGGAGCUGCUGGAACUGGUCCGGUCAAAGAAGGAGCGGACUGAGCUGGAGCGCCGCUGUCUGCGUCAGAUUUGUGAGAAUCAGCAGAAUGACCUGCAUCUUCUGGAACUGAACCUGGAGUGUGCCCAGGAGGCACUGAAGCAGCAUGAAGGUGUGGGGUCAUCAAAUCAAGUUGUAAAACAUCAGACAGCUGAAAAAAGCCCUUUGUUAACAACACAAAACCUACUUUUUGCACCAGAAAAACCCAAGGAGAGAGAUUUCCAUUGACAGGCUGGAUCUCCUGCAAGCAGCACACUGGACCAUAGGAGCCAGGAUGACAAUGCCUCUGUGUGGACACACCCAGUGAGAGGGUGUCCCAACGCUUACUUCCAACACUCACUUCCCACACACCUUCACACCUCCUAAUUAAGUGGACCAUGUUGUGUGAGCCUGGACACCAGCAAGUGCUGAAUAUUUACAACUCCCCUAAAACAGGCCAUCAUUCAUAUAACUAUAAUAAAAGAAAAGAAUCUGUCUUCAAUGUUAAAUAAAACGUGUACAUUACAUCUUUGACCUUUACAGCUACCCCUUAGACUUGCUGAAGUGCAACAUUAAAGGACAAUGAAAUACACACACACUGUUUCAAACUGCUUGUCCCAAGCGGAGUCAUGGCGAGCC